AGGAGGCAGUGGCGGUAUAAAAGGCGACGCGACGGCUGGCCAACACAGUGGCAGCAGCAGCGGCGGCACUUGCAGCGGGAACGAUGGCGGUGCGCGCCCUCUACUUGCUGGUAUCUGCGCUGUUGGUUGUUACGGUGAAGACGAGUAUUAUCAGACGGGACGCGUGGAGCCCACCCAGAGAGGGGAGUGAUCGAAUCACCGGCGGCCAGCCGGCUGGGGUGGGCCAGUUCCCGUACCAGGCCCUCAUCGUCUCUGACGACGUCGAGAUGUGGGGCGGCUCGCUCAUCACCAAGAAGGCGGUCCUCACCUCCGCGGGGUGCACCACCGGGCACCAGAAAUUCGUCGUCCGCCUGGGAGGCAUCCAUAGGACUGAGACGGAGAGCAGCGCCUGGAUCGUGGAGUCCAGCUGGGCCCUGACGCAUCCGGACUUCAGCAUGUUCGCCUACUACAGCUACAGCGUGGCUGUCGUGUAUCUGCCCGAGGAAGCUCCUCUGAACAGUUUCAUCGGCCUCGUGGCGCUACCUUCACCUCUCGAGGUCAACGACACCUUCGUGGGAGAAAACGCGAUCAUCGCCGGCUGGGGAUGGCCUUCUCAAAAUGGAGACGCUUCAGAGACUCUUCAGUGGACCGAUGUGACGGUUGUUCCCAACAAAGUAUGUGAGCAGUUCUACGAAUCAGGCGCCGUUAUUGACAGUACACUGUGUGCCGGAAACGAGUACACUGGCUCAUGCUGGGGGGACCUCGGUGGCGCGCUUGUUGUCAAGACCGGCGGAGGCUACAAGCAGAUCGGGGUGUCCAGCUUCCUUCCCUGGGACGGAGGCUGUGACGUGGCCGGGGCAGCCGCUGCCUACGUCAGAAUCACCUCCGUCCUCGACUGGAUCACCAGCAACGCCAUUAGCGUUUAGCCACAAACUGGUGUUGCCUACGACGCACAUCCGUUGUGGCGCCUUCUCUCAGUGUUUAACUAAAUUCAACAGCAUUUGCUUCUAAUGUACUUCUGUUGCUGUUUCAUCGCAAAUCUGGUGGUGUAGGUACUGCAUUUCACUGUAUAAAGGUUCAUAUUAAAACUGUAUAAAGGUUCAUAUUAAAAAAUCAGGACAUAAGAUUCA